AUGACCGCACGCGUUGUUUGGCCUGUUACGUGGCCCGACGAUUCAGACGAGAGUUUGAAGGACAGGUUGAGAGACGAACGAAAGGAAAGCUGUAUAGACAAAAAGAAGUUCGUGCCGGAGAGUUGCCUCGAUACUCACCUCACAAAGGAAAAUAUCGAAGCAGAGCUGGAAAGAAAAGAUAUAGUCGUGACGACUGAACUCGUGGACUUCAUUCAAACCAAAGCUAAGAAGCUCUUUGCGAUACUAGUCUACUCCGAGAUUCUCGAGGCUAUCAUCGGAUGCUACGAACAUCAGCUCAUGGAUGAUCAUCUUCCCUUGCUAUUACGGAAGGUUGAUAAUCGCUACGAAAUUUCUAGCUUGUCCGAAAACGAACCCUCUGACGUUUCAUUUCAAGUUGCAUCGGAUGUCUUCCGUAUCGGCAGCAAGGAUGGCACGUGGAAAUGGAAUCGGGGCCGCUUACAUGAUUUUGCCGAGAACCAGUGGCAGUUCAUGGCACCUGUUUUCAAGAAGGAGAGAUAUCGGUACAAGCUCGACGGGCAGCACAUACUCCCCUUUGUGUCUGUGGGAAAGGAGAAGGGUGGCGGGUUCAGCAAGGUUUACCGUGUUACCAUCCAUCAUGCGCAUCAACAAGGAUAUUCAAGUUCAACCGUGGCAUUCAAGCAGUUAGAUCGUCAGUCUCAACACGCUGGCCAGGAGCGGCUUGAGAAGAUGCAGCAAGAAGAGGGCGACAUCUUGGAAAUAAUCAGGGAGCUCGACCCUCAAGACCCGCAUCUCAUUGAAGUGUUCGCCGUGAUUGAGCGAGGGAGGGAGAUAUGCUUUAUCUUUCCCUGGGCCAACGGUGGGAACCUCCGCGAGGUAUGGGAACAAGAGAAUCCAGAAACCAACAAUCUCGAUUGGAUCAAUUGGGCCAUCGAUCAGCUUUUGGGCCUAUCGGUAGCAAUAUCCAGACUACAUCAUCUCGGUCUCGAGAAGAGAAAUUGUCGACAUGGCGACCUGAAACCAGAGAAUAUUCUUCACUUUAAAGGCGAGAAGGAAAUAAGAGGAAAGCUGGUAAUCGCCGAUGUUGGUUUGGCCAGAGUCCACACCAACCCGACCUACGACAGGGCCGGCCGCAAUAUUUUGACAAUAGCCAUGUCUGGUACGCAAAGAUAUGAGCCUCCCGACUUGCUUGAUCCAGUCCCCCGAUCCCGAGUGUACGACAUCUGGUCCUUGGGAUGCAUUUGUUUGGAAUUCAUUAUAUGGCUUCUCUACGGUAAAGGUGGUCUCCGAAGAUUCAACGAGGCAUUCACUCAGCGGAAGUUCUGGACGGCGCCACAGAAUGCAACCAGAUCCGUGGAUGCGACGCUUGAAGGCGAAGUCUUUAAGUGGAUGAAUUGGAUGCAAGCGACGGAUCCUCGGGUCGCAAAAGAUACAGCUCUUGGAGACCUCUUGGACCUUGUCCGAGAUCGGCUGCUCGUGAUCAAAGUCGAACGGGGGGGCAACGCUGUCCCGUCCAAUGACUGUCGCGCUCGGUCAGAAGAGGUCUGUCAAAUUCUGGCCAACAUCCGAAAGAAAGCGAAAAAGGAUGCCCCGUACCUGACCAAAUGUGCCGAGAAACCAGACCCUUCUCCGCACGGGCCAGGUGGGCCAGACUCUGAUUCUAAUACCCAGCACAGGGCACCACGUCCAAGGUUCGGCGUUCAAAAUCUACCCCUGACGGAUAACUGGGAGGCUGUCCUGAGCAAUGAUUUCGCGAGGAAUGUUUAUCAUCAAAUCCGCUGGCAAGAUGUGCUCCCAGGAGAGAGCGAACGUCUGGAACUUUGCGAACGGUGUCGGAAAAUGGAUAUCUGGAGAGCAGGGUUCUCGACAAGCGAUACUAUUGCUGACUUGGAGAAGAAGGCUCACCAUUGUAGACUUUGUAGGCUCUUUUACCAAUGCGUCGGAUUCUUGGAUAGGUCAAGCGGAAAGCCCAUUCACUUCUACAGAUAUGGCUCGGCGUUUCAUCUCGAAAGCCACGCCCCUCCCGUUCUCUCCAUCUGCACCAGCCCAGGUAUGAGCCCAAUCACCCCAAUCGCUAAUUAUCAUGGUUUCUCACCACCAGUAGCGUCUCGAAAUCUACCUAGCUCCCUCCAGAUUGGGUUUCCAAAGCUUCCAAAGGCAGGGGGUCCAACGGAGAUCGCGCUGUGCCGAGAGUGGCUCCGAGUAUGCGACGAUCCGAAACUGCACAGCUGCCACCCUACCCUCGAAGGACAGCUACCGACGAGAGUGCUCGAAGUGUUGAGCCAUGACAGCCCUGGAGUGCGGCUACAUAUAUCAAAGUCAGGCGAGAAAGGUAGAUAUUUUGCCCUUUCUCACCGCUGGGGCGAUCCGUUGGAACAUCGGCGAUUCUGCACGCUUCGGACAAACUACAAGGAAUUUGUGGACGGGAUCAGCUUUGAAAGACUCCCAAAAACCUUUCAAGAUGCUGUAACAGUCACGCGAAGCCUCGGAGUCCCUUUUCUGUGGAUCGACUCUCUCUGCAUUUUGCAAGAUGACCCAGAGGACUGGGAGACGGAGUCCAAUCAGAUGGAAGAUGUCUACAACUUGGCCUACUGCACUCUUUCGGCUGCUUGUGCUCGGGGAACAACACACGGCUUCCUUCAACCGAGGGCCCCGAGAGACGUUGUCACGCUCAAAGACAGCACCGGAGAUGUCUAUUAUAUUUGCAAGGCCAUUGACAACUUCGGCGCUGACGUCGAGGAGGGAGAACUGAGUCGACGUGGAUGGAUUCUGCAGGAGCGUGCAAUGUCCCGGCGCACCAUCCACUUCACUGACACCCAAGUGUAUUGGGAAUGCGGAGAUGGGGUUCACUGUGAAACACUCAUCAAAAUGCGCAACCCGAAGUCGGCGAUCUUGGGUGACUCGGAGUUCCCAAAGGCCGCCGAACGCCUCGUCAAGGGCGGGAGGAUCGAGCUUUUCCAAUUCAUCUACAAACGGUACUCGAGGCUCGCUUUCACAAACAAGGAAGACCGGUCCAUCGCCAUCUGCGGCCUCGAAAACCGGCUGAUUCGGACAUUCGACACGCGUGGCGCGUACGGCGUCUUUGACACGUUUCUGAAUCGAAGCGUCCUGUGGCGACGAGGUGGGGAGAAGAUGAACCGCAUCACCUACCCUGCACGGAGAAGUGUCCCCUCCUGGUCCUGGAUGGCAUACGACGGAUGGAUCACCUACGUCGAGGUCCCCUUUGGCCAAGUCGACUGGGCUUCGAGCCUGAGAUUUCCGCCAUCUCCGCAAGAUCAACCAGGCGGCGCUGACGACGACAACGACAGAAUGCCUCUCUGCGAGCUCGUUGCGACCGCAACAGACUUCUCGCAGGCAUCCCCCGCGCGUCCGAUGGACAAUGUGACCUUUGACAUUCCGGGCACAAAGCACCUUCCGGAGUUCAAGUGUGUUGUCGUGGGGAGUGACAAGCCUCGGGCCGCCCGUGCCACACAGAAGUAUUACAUUCUCGUCGUUGCUCCGGCUUCAUCGGGAGCGGAGCCAGGCGUGUAUGAGCGAGUAGGUGCUGGCAUUGUCGAGAAAGAUCAUCUAGACCUCCAGCGGCAGGAGGACGAGAUUCGCAUUCGGUAG